AUGCGGGCGCGCACGCUGUCGAGCGGCAAGCUCCGCAUCCGGUGCACGAAGGAUGCCCCGGAGCAGAACGCCUAUAAGUGGCACACGCUCAAGACGGAGCGCCACAAGCGCGUGUCGCUGCUCUACAGCCUGGGUUGCGACCUCGGCUUCGUCUGCAUCAUCAUGGGCAUCUUCUCGCUGCUGCCCGCGGCCAUGCCGACGGCGCCCGCGGAGAUCCGGCGGACGAUCCUCCCGACGGUGUCGCUCGCGCUCGCGACGAUCUCCUUCUUCACGUGGAAGCUCGUGCUCGACCGCUACGCGCGCCUGCGCGACGGCACCUGCGACGAGUUCCGGGGCAACUGCGAGUUCAACGUCGCCUACUGGGUCGUCCACAGCGCGCUCUGCGCGUCGAGCGGCGCCCGGUGCUGGAGCAAGCGGACGGCCGCGGACGCGAACCGGAGCUCGCGCGCCGCCGCCGACGCGCUCUGGCGGCCCGUGGGCGACUACCUGAGCGUCGCCGGGCUCUGGUGCCUCGUCGACGCCGUCGUGUCCACCGCGUGGGCGCCGGACGCCGCGUCGCUCAUGGACGCGUGGAAGCUCGUCAUCGUGGGCUGCUCCGCGGGGCUCGGCUUCGUCUGCAAGUCGCCGCGCUACAAGGUGCUCGUCUGGCAGCACUGCGCGUCCUGCCGCGGCCUCCUCGAGGUCGGCGACACGAAGCUCUACGACUGCGACCUGAGCCCGUACUGA